CAAAGGGUGGCCACCUCCGCUCGGGAGAUGAGUGGGGAACACAGUAUACAGGCAGGAAGAUUGGGCCUAUAUGACCACGUAACACCCCGUCGGCGGAGUAGAUCCAGUAGCAUUAGGUCUCGGAGAAGCAGGUACCAGUCAUCCAGGUCUAGGAGCAGGUCCCACACCCACAACAUAUCACGGGGCCAUCGCACGGCUCACCACGGGGCCAGGUCACAUAGCGGAAGGGCUUCCGUAGACAGAACCCCCCACAGGGAGAGGGAUGGGGGGUGGAGGACGGAACACUCUCGCUCUUGCUUGUCUUUCAGGAAUGGUUCCAGUGAAUCCGAUGGGGACCGGGACAGGACUGGCAGGACAAGGAGCAGACGGAACAAUAGAAGCAAUUCCACCGACAGGGGGAGACGGUAUCACAGGUGCCAUUCGUCCAUCAGCCACGGAGGGGUCAGCAGGAGCCGGUCGUCCUCCAGGAGAGCAAGGGUGUCAAGGAGCCGUUCCGCAAGCAGGGCCGGACGGCACGUCAGGAGUCGCCCAUCAGCUCACACCGGCCACGUCAACGCCCGCAAUUCAACCAGCCAUCCACGUUCCAUGGCUCGUCAGACGGCUCAGGAGGGGCCAGGAGCAGCACAAGAAGUUUCACCACAACUAGCAAGCCUGGUUACGGUCCCAGAGGUUUCUACUGCCCCGGGACCAGGAGGUGGUUCAAUUUCUGUGUGGUUACUGGGCCAUUCCUACAUCUCCUGGGCCAGACGGCGAGCCGCAGUUAAGAACUCUGGUCCGCAGCUGGGCUUUCCCGAAGGCCGGGUGAAUAUCCACUGGUUUGGCGUUCCAGGUUUGCGGUGGCCAGGAGUCUGGCCUACAUUGUUGCGGCACGUAAGGUCUGGUCGCCGUCCAGAUGUGUUACUUAUACACGCUGGCGGUAAUGAUAUGGGACUUCGGUCUCAGCGUGAGUUGGUGUUAACUAUGAAGCAGGACUAGAAUUCGGGGAUUGUUCCCGGAUUUGAUUCUGGUUUGGUCUGAGAUGGUACCGCGUUUAGUUUGGAGAUAUGCCAGGAAUGGGGACAAAAUGGAUAAGAGCAGGGUCAAGGUGAACAAGUUAAUGGCCUCGUUUGUGAGAAAGUUUGGAGGAAUUGUUGUACGCCAUUCCGACCUGGACGAUAAAAUGCCAGCUUAUUUCAGUCAGGACGGAGUUCACCUGUCCGAGUUGGGGAAUUCCUUUUUCACCUUGGCCCUCAUGGAGGGUAUUGAACGGGCCCUCGGGUUAUUGAGUGGCGGGUCGUGCCGCACUUAAGGUGUCAAGCGGCCACGCCAGUGGCGGAGGGUACCUUUACAAGGACCCCCAGGGGGAGUUAAAAUGGGGUAUUUUGCAGCAAUGGUAUGUAGCCUGGUAGGCCUGGGUUCCCAUGGGAUGUAGCCUGGUUUAGGGCCCGGGAAAAUGGAGGAGGAACCAAGCUUACCAGUUGAGGCUCAGCACCCACACCCCCCCCCCUUUUGUCCCGGGGGGGGAUGAUAUAAAGGUGGGGUAAAAUGGUUUGUUAUACAAACUGCUUG